AUGAGUAAAGUUCCACCAGCUUCAGCAAAUUAUGAUGGGACAGAUGAAAAUAAACCAAUUUAUGUAGCUGUCAAAGGUACAGUAUUUGAUGUGACAACCGAUCCAGCCAAACGUGAUACAUAUAAACCUGGUGCUAGUUAUCAUGUUUUUGCGGGUAAAGAUGCAUCAAAGGCUCUUGGUUUGAGUUCUUUACAACCUGAAGAUGUUAUUGCAGAUUAUAGUUCUUUGGAUGCAAGUCAG